AUGGCUGAACAACUUACCAAAGAAUUCAAGGAGGCAUUCUCCCUGUUUGACAAGGACGGAGAUGGAACCAUCACCACCAAAGAGCUCGGUACCGUUAUGCGCUCGCUUGGCCAGAACCCCACCCAGGCCGAACUCGAGGAUAUGAUCAACGAGGUCGACGCGGACGGAAACAACUCGAUAGACUUUGCAGAGUUCAUCACGCUCAUGGCGCGCAAGAUGCACGAUACCGAUUCCGAGGAGGAGAUCAGGGAGGCGUUCAAGGUGUUUGACAAGAACAAUGAUGGGCACAUUUCCGCAGCGGAGCUGAAGCACGUGAUGACCAACCUCGGUGAGAAGCUCUCGGACGCCGAGAUCAACGAGAUGAUCCGUGAGGCCGACAAGGAUGGGGAUGGAAUGAUCGACUACAACGAGUUCGUGACGAUGAUGUUGGCCAAGUAA